GUGUGAUUAUAAAAAUGACACAGUGAAAGAGACUGACCUGAAGGUUGAUGGGGAGGGGGGUGCAAAACUGUGGGAGAUAACAGGAAAUAACAUUAGACAAAAAGAGGAUGAAGGCAGAGAAACAGUGUAAUAGACAAUAGCAAAGGGCUAGGGAAUGGGAGAGAAGACACACAAAGAGAGUUAUAUUUUAGUGACAGAGGGAUAAUUAGAGCAGCACCCAUUAUAUACACAGACAACUGAAGACACACAGCGACUGCAGAGGUACAGCCUUCAGUCUGAGAUCUCAGAGCGAGAGAGAGAUGAUGAGGAGGAGGGGUUCGGUGACUGAGCGCUGUGUUGCUGCACUAACUGCAGCUGGCUGUCACAGGCACUGAUCAUCCUCUUGUGCCGCUGCACUGUUGCUUUUGCGCCUGGAGGUCACCGCUCACUACGCUGCCUGCCCGCGUUUUGCGCCCUGUAUCGCGGCACAUUGCCAUUGGGGAUGGACAUCUAACUGAGCAGCAAUCGUAAAUUCUCCCAGUUAUAAGAGACUACAGUCUAGGGCACAGUAGCUUCUCCAGGAUUAAAAGACACACCCGUUAGCGGGCACUAAAGAGGACACCGUUCCUGGACGAGCCCGCGUGUUGCGACUCCCUGCUCUUUGGAUGUGGUGGGCAGUGAUUCGGUCCUUCCCAACACUUGGGGGGUGAGAACAGAGCCGAGCGGAGAGUGUUUAGCACCGAAGGGCACGGGAUGGCAUCGCAUGGGAAGCCCCGGAGGGACCGGACAUCGGAGUAUGAGAACCAGAUCAAAGAAAUCCGGGCUCAACUGACUGACCAGGUGAAAUGCCUGGACACACAAGUAGAUUUCCGCCAGCUGCUUCUGCAGGACAUGAGCGAAUUUCUACGCAGAAAGGCAGAAAUUAAUUUGGAGUACUCCCGCAGUCUUGAGAAACUGAGCGACAGAUUCUCUUCUAAAAUCCGCAAUUCCAAAGAUCAUCAUAUCUUCAGGAAAGAACAGAACCUGCUGUCUCCUGUUAAUUGCUGGUAUACGAUUCUGAAUCAUACACGUCAGGAAAGUCGGGAUCAUGGAGCACUUAGUGACAUGUACACUUCACAUCUCAUCCCACGUCUUGCACAUAUCGGAGAGGAUUUGUCUCGCCUUUCAAAGAAGAGUAAGGAAGUAGGUUUGCAACAACAGGAGGAUUUGCUAAAGUUAGUUUCAGAGUUACAGGGGGCCAUGAAGACGUACCAGUUGCAUCACAGUGACUGUAUGUAUGCUGAACAUAAGUUGAAGGAGGCUGAGAAGCAGGACGAAAAACGCACAGGCAAAUUAGGUGAACAUACGGCAAGUUCACCGGUAGCUGACAGAGGGCAGAGAUGGAGUUCUCUGAAGAAGAGCGAAAGGCUUGUAGAAAAGAGGUUGAAGAAAUAUUUGGAGAACAGUCAGAAGUGCACCAAGGCCAGGAAUGAAUAUCUCAUAAACCUGAACACUGUCAACAAUAACAUUGAGAACUUCUUUAUACACGACAUCAAUGACCUCAUCGAUUGCUGUGACCUUGGAUUCCAUCUUUCUAUAAGUAAGACAAUGCGAGUUUACCUGCAGGCUGAGGAGAGAGUGCAGAUGUCCCGUCAGCAGAGUCUCCAGGCCGUCGAGGGGGCUGUUGACAACUUAAAUUCUCAGGCAGACAAGAAUAAAUUGUUUGAGAUGUACAGUGAAGCAUUUUCCCGUCCAACAAAAUUUGAAUACCAGCCACAUGAGGGGGAUGAGGUGUCGGAAGUUCGGUCUGAGCCAUUGUUACAUCAGGAAUUGGUCUCUAGGUUACAGCACAUCAAAUCCAGACUGGAGAGUGAGCACCUGGAAACUGAAGAGGUGAAAAAAACCCUUAAAGCCACUCUACAGUCCCUGUUAGAUCUUAUCGGAAUAGAUGAGUUUGACUUGUUGGAGGUUUUCCAAUCCAGCCAGUCUACCGAAUCCCUUAAAUCCACAGAAUCAGACACCAGCACUAAGACAAGCACAGCCAAAAGGAGAGCCAACCAACAGGACACUGAGAACUUCUAUGUUUCAAAAUUCCAGAAGUAUCUACUUGGAAGAAGUACAAUCUGCAAACUCCAAGCAAAGUAUGACCUGCUCACGGAAGCCAUAGAAAAAGCUGCUGUAAUGGACAGUAAUAUUUCUGGGCAGCAGUCCAGCACCAGUAAGUCUCUGCGAGUGAAAAGGCAGCAUCCGACAUCCCAGUAUAACCACAAACUGUUUAAUGGGGAUUUGGAGGAAUUUGUUCAGAGUUCAGGACAAGCCAUUCCCCGGGUAGUAUCCAGCUGCAUUCGCUUCAUUAACUUGCAUGGAUUACAGCAUGAAGGUAUUUUCCGUGUCCCAGGAUCUCAGGCUCAGGUGAAUGAGAUCCGAAGUUCCUUUGAAAGAGGUGAAGAUCCACUAGAUGAUAACUGUAGCGGCCAUGAUGUGGACUCAGUUGCUGGGGUUCUAAAGCUUUAUUUUCGUGGCCUGGAGAAGCCUCUCUUUCCCCCUGAGAUGUUUAAUGAUCUCCUGUACUGUAUCCAACUGGAAACACCUCAAGAGAGAAUAACACACCUAAGGAAGCUGGUGUCCCAACUUCCACCACCUGUCACUCUUGUCCUUAGAUACCUUUUUGCCUUCCUGAAUCAUCUGUCCCAAUACAGUGAUGAGAACAUGAUGGAUCCAUAUAACAUAGCGGUGUGCUUUGGACCGACCUUGGUCUCCAUUCCUGAGGGGCAGGACCCUGUAUCUGUUCAGGCCCAUGUUAAUGAGGUAGUGAAAACUAUCAUCAUUUACCAAGAGAGGAUAUUUCCGGGAACCACUGAACUGGAGGGGGCAGUUUAUGAGAAAUGCAUGAUGGUGGAGGAGGAUGAAGAGUACUGUGAACCACUGGCCAUUGAUGCUCCCAUUGAUGAGAGUGAACAAGAACAACAGCAAGAGUUGGUCCUCAGCGAGGAUGAGCUGGAACCUAUAGAAGCCAUUGCACGGUUUGACUAUUUAUCUCAAACAUCUCAAGAGUUAUCAUUCAAAAAGGGUGACAUUCUGCUACUUCAUGGCAAAGCAACUGGAGACUGGUGGCGAGGCGAGAUAGUAGGGACCUUGGGACUCAUCCCCCACAAGUACAUCAGUAUUCCUGAGGGAGCAGAGAAGAGGCUGGAGCAAAGGUGCCAAAAAAAAGAGUUUGAGUCUGGUGCAGCACAUACUACCGAUGAUGGCCUUAAAGAACCAUGCAGGCUACGUUUAAAUUCUGACAGUGCUUGCUCCCCAAGGAAACACAGUGAAGGAAGCCCCAUCAGGAAACUUAACUCUCCCUUCAUGGACAAUGUUCGGCAUCCCUUCCCUUUGGCUUUUCCGGCCACUCCCAGGAUGGGGGGACAUAUGGAAAGUUGCUGUGAAAUAAUGAACCAGACAAAAUCUAUUGCUUAUGUCUCCAGGGUACAACAUGGUACUGGAGAAAGGAGAAACCUAAUAGACAGUGCUUCAAAGAGUACCACUGCAACCAAAACCUGGCAAAAUGAUCGUCAGUGCAUUGAAGUAGAUAAGGAUGUGACAAAGAACAUGCACAGCGUCUUCAAAGAGCUGCUGGGAAAAACUGCUCUAAAGCAGGUGAAUGUAGAGGAUCCUGUGGACCCUGUUAAAGCAGGAAAACCACAGGAAAUUAAACAAUUGGCACAAAGUUCCUCUGUUCAGUCACGUGGAAGCCCAGCAGUGAAAAAAGCAGCUUCAGGAAGAACUGUUUUUGGGACCCGGAGAUGAACUUCAGUAACUGAUAUGUAAAUGUGGGAAGAAAGCAUUGUACAGACCAGCGGGUUCCUCAGUGGGAGAGAUUGUUCAGCCAUAUUCAUGUGUCUCAAACUCGUAAAAAAAAGUAAUACACAUAGGAUGCUUGCUCUUCCUGUUGAGGGUGAAUGGAGUUUACCUUAGAAGGGGUCAAGACUCCCUUAAUCUAUCUUGCACAUUUGUUUUAAUAUAUCAAUGUGUGUGCAAUUGCCAUAAACAUAAGCACAGCUAUAAUGCCAGCAGGGUCUUCCUUACCUUAUCCUUUCCCCAAACUUGCCAGCACUGGACUCUUACUGUCAACACCAGAAACAAACAGGCAGAAGUAUCUUCUAUAGAAGUGGUUGAACUUAAAUGGUUCCUUAAAGCCACUAUAGUACCUUAUAAGACACAAGUUUUGCCAAACAUUCCAGAAGUUAGAUAUAUAAGAACUGUAGACUAAAACUACCCUCAGAAUCAAUAUAAAAUCGUAUACAAUACAUUCCUUAGACUUAUUACCAACAUUAAAAAUAAAUCAGAAGUGUGGGAGAAGUUUUGCUAUAUUAAAAUGAUGCAAUUUUUAUUAGAAGGAAAAGUCUGAGCUGUUGGUUACAUACAAAGUUGUCUUGCCCAUUGGAACAGUCAGUCGGUUUAGUGUGAGCUAAAUGGACUGUUAAGCACUGAAGAACAGCACAAGCUUGUUAAUAUUUGCUAAGGAUUUUUGUAUUGCAUGGUAGGCAGCAUUAAUAACAAUUGGGCCUCCCAAUGUCUUUUCAGUUUGAAGAGUAUUCUGCACCAAAUUCAUGUAGCAUUUAGUUAGGUUACUACACACCCCCCCAAAUAGCAAAUAGACUAAACCUGUUCUGGUUAUAUGUAUCUAGUACGUAUCUACCUUCUGUUAGGGAUCAGUCCAUUUGUUUGUAAUUCUACAUUUGCACAUAAUUGGUCACUGCAACAUCACCAGCAAGAUACACCAAACAAGGUAAACAGCUUUUUUUAUUUUUCCCAUUGUCACAGGGAUCAAGGGUCUUGUGGCAGCGUAUGGGUUAACAGAUGUUCCCAAUGUGAAUGGCACAAAAGACAACUGAGAGCCCAUUUUUUUAAAUUUAGUUGUCCAUUUUGCCUGGACUCCAAUACUUUGUAACAAAACUGCUGUGGUUCGGCUGGCCCAGUCCUUUCCCUUUCAGUGCUGUGCUGUCAGUUCUUUAUUCUGCCCACACUGGACCUGGCCACUCAGUAACCGCUCACCAGGAAACCCAGAAUCUUUUGCUAAAAGUGCGAUGGCACCCAGCAUGUGUAUAUAAGUAAUGCCAUGUGUGGUUUGUGUGUGACAGAGGAGAACAGCCUUAUAUUUCAAUCAUCUGUUGUUAUUUUUCACUGAUCGUGAAAACUGUGACAGUCUUGUUUUUUGUUUUUUUUAAAGGAUGGGUGAGAAUGGAAUUAAAAUAUCGCUGCUGUAAAUAUGGUUGCCCACAUGGAGAUUCUAAGUGGUACAUUACUACUCUAGCAUUGCACUUUUGGAAUCUCUAACUCAGGAAUACGCAACCUGUGCCUCUCCAGCUGUUACAGAAUUAAAACUCCCAGAAGGCUUUGCAGCUGGUAAAAUAUGGGAGAUGUGGCAUGACAGCAGUUGGAGAGCCAUAGAUGGGUUUCCUGCUCCAUAUCUCCUCAUUGUUUAUCUCCUCAUGUUUGAGGACCAGAAAAGUAUUUUUACACCCUGCUCUGGUUCCCAUUUAAUUCCAGCUAUUUGUGCUUAUAAAGCAAUGCUAAUAAAAAUGUGUUUUUAUCUA